UGUAGUCACAUUAACAUGCUAGAGAGGCACUUCCAGAACCAUUGUGCAUCACCAGAACUGCACUACCCAUAGAUCAUUCGGGUUAUCAAGACUGUCUCAGACACGGAAGGUAAAGAAAAGUGCGGUACUGUAGAAGAUCCGAGAGGAGUUCACACUGCAUCAAGUCUAAAAGUUGUGGUCUGCUCUGGAGUCCAGGUAGUUGCCUGCCAACAUGGACAUGUAAGAAACAAGUGGGGAUAAUAACAGACUACUAUGCGUAGGCCUAUACCUGCUGAUGCCACCUGACAGAGGCCUCCAUCUGUCCUUCUAUCCCUCCUUCCAUCCCUCCCUUCUCUAAUUACCAGACCCUGGGACCGUGAGAAGCAAGCGAGGUUGAAGGUCUGCAGUCAUCACCAUGUCUACAUUCCGUUUUGGACAGCACGUCAUCAAGGCCUCAGCAGUGUUUCUACAAACUGAGUUGUCCUUCGCCCUGGUCAACAGGAAGCCUGUGGUGCCUGGACAUGUGUUGGUGUGUCCUCUGCGGCCCGUUGAGCGUUUCCGAGACUUGCAUCCUGAUGAGGUGGCUGACCUCUUCACCACUACCCAGAGAGUGGCUGGCCUGGUGGAAAAACACUUCCAUGCUUCCUCCCUCACCAUCGCCAUACAGGAUGGCCCUGAAGCCGGACAAACUGUGAAGCAUGUUCACGUGCAUGUCCUCCCCAGGAAGGCAGGUGACUUUGAGAGAAACGACAACGUCUAUGAUGAGCUCCAGAAGCAUGACCGUGAGAGUGAGGACGUCCCUUCCAGGUGGAGAACAGAGGAGGAGAUGGCAGCAGAGGCUUCUGAUCUGAGGAAACAAUUCAGCUAAACUGUCCUGUAAAGAACCACUUUAGGUCUUUCUCUAUAAAGAAUGCUACAUUGAAAAUGUUUUGCCCAUGAUGUUAAAGUUGUUGUUGAUGAGUGCUUUAGUUGAAAUAGAAGGUUCAUGUUAGUGACUCAUGACUUACUGUGUUUGGUCUUUUUUCCAAUCCAGAAUCUCUAUAACGACAACUUGCAAAGUUUCAAGUGAUUGUGAAGUGGAUAAUUCUUCAGUUGGCACUGUUGUUGGAAAAAGUAUUUUGAACUGAACUGAUGUGGUUGAUUACAGUUCAUACAUCUUUAAAUGUAAUGUGUGACUUGUAUUAUUACCUCAGAUGUUUUUUUGUGGUGUUUUUGUUGUUCUCCUUAGAAUUUAUUGGGGUUAGACUUGUACCAGAGUUAUUGUUGUUGUUUUAUAUUCCAUGAGUGUCACAACAUGUAAAUGUUGAAUUAUUCAUCAA